UGCGCCUCUUCCAGCAAUUUGUGCCAUCAGCCAGCCUUGCCUUCUUCCUAUCUAUAUACCCUGUUCACUCCUUAAUCAUAUCACAUCUGCUUCUCCCGGUGCAUCUUCGUUGGACGAGUCCAACCCCGUUCCCCUGGCGGUCAAACCGGAGGCCUUCGAGAAUAAUGUAUAGUGCCUGUUAGACCGAGUCUCUUUAACGCUCCUUUUCUGAACGAUCUCACGACUCCUCGUCCUUUGGACACGAUGAACGGCUUCGAUUUUCGGUCCAGUCAGUCGUCAUAUGGCGACCCGAGGCACUUCUCGGACGCCUCAUACGGCGUACCCCAACCGCCACCAACCAAAGUUCUCCUGGACGGCUACCGGGAUGCUCUAGGUCCCGCUAAUGCAGAGAAGUCGCUGUACAACUCGGCAAACCCGACGUCGCAUCCUCGCCGAUCUAUCCCACCCAGCGCAAACGACCCAGUAGCCAUGUAUCUAUUGACCGAAACUGCCAUGGGCGACAGCGUCAAUUACGAGAUCUUGUCAGUCGAGGAGGUCGAGGGAUUGAAAAAGGAGCUGCGAGUACUCUCUAACCGUAUGAAUGCCGCUAAAAGGAAACUGGCCCUGGAACUGAAACUUCGUGAUGCGGCUAUGUCGCUAAGCCGAUUGCACCAUAAGGAGGAACACGAUGUUGAUGGGUCAGGACGGAACGAGCCGAAUACCGAUAAGACGAACGAGGAACUUGUACACAUUAACCGCAAAUGCGAAGAACUAUCAAUGGACAUCUGGUACUCCGAGCGGAAAGUACAAGAGAUACAGAAGAGGUUGUUGGAACAUACUGCCGGGGUACUGCAGUUAACGCACAAAGGUUUGAAGAAGAAUUCGAAAAACGGCAUGCCGCAUACACCCGAGAGCCUCUCCAGCAGCAAUACGGUGGACGAUUUCGAUGACCGGAGCCUGUACAAAGCGUCGGACCCGCUGGAUGGGCCAGAAACCUAUGAGACGAGGGCACCACCUCCCGAUAAUCUAGCGCAUGAUAACAGCAUGCAAGAGACGGAGAGAAAGCUAGAGUCGAUGAGCAGCAGACUGCGAGAUAUGCUACUACAGCUGGAUCCGGACAGCGAGUUCAGCCAGAUUCCCCAGCCAUCUACCAGCGGCGACUCUUUCGAACCCUCAGCAAUGAUCGAUGCUCAUCUGAGAUACAUCGAGAAUGGAAUCAGUGCACUCGGUUCUCUGCCCAAAGCCGAUAUGGCCAGCCAGAGUCUGGACCCUGUCAGCGAACAGCAGUUAGUGGAGAUGCGCACGCAGUUACUUAGCAUCAUGGAAAAUCCCGGGUUACCCCGCGCCCAAACCCUACCGACGGCUCCUGAUCCAACUGACAGCGAUCUUGCGAAGCAUCUUACGUUCCUGAGUGUUGGGAUUAAUGGCUUAGAAAGUCGUGUUGAGAAAUUGCUUGAGCAAAAGAGCAUUCUCACAACCCAGAUCCAGCAGCAGCGGGAGCUUAACUCCAAGUCGGAUGCAGAAAGGGACGCCAAGAUUGCUGAUUUGAUCGAACAACUGGCCCACCUUCGUAAAGAGCUCGAACUUGCUGAACGUGAAGGCCAACAGUCGAAAGAAGAUCACGACCUGACACUGAAGGAGCUUGAAGAUGUGAGACGUGAGCUGUUAGAGUCUCGGGAGACGCAUAGCAGCAGAGAUCUUGGUAACUCCAAGAAUGAAGCUCAACAACAUGCAGAAGCCGAGAUUGCUCGCCUUCAGAGCGUAAUCCAAGAAAUUCAACAGGAGAAGGAUGAACAUUGCGAAGCUCAUAGACGCGCUGAGGCCGAAAUAGACCGCCUCCAAGCUGUUAUUCAUCAGAUUCAACAAGAAAAAGAUGAGCAUCGUGAAGCUCAUGAGCGUGCAGAAGCCGAAACCACACGCCUUCAGACUAUAGUGGAGGAAGUUCAGCAAGAGAAGGAUGAACAGCAUGAAGCUCAUGGGCGUGCGGUAGCCGAAGUUACACGUCUACAGGAUAUCAUCCAGAAGAUUGAACAAGAGAAGAUUGAACGCCAUGAAGCUGAUGAGCGUGCUGAGGCUGAGAUUGUACGGCUUCGGGAUACCAUUAGGGAAAUCCAGCAGGAGAAGGAGGAGCAUCACGAAGCCCGUGUUCGUCUUGAGGGCGAAGUCGCCCGUUUACAGGGAGUCAUUGGCCAGCUCCAGGAGUCUGCAGAGUCUCGUGAAAGCGCCGAGCAACAAGUCGCACAGUUGGAGGAGACGAUCCAUCAAAUCCGCCAUGACGCAGACAUUCGGAUUAAAGAAGCAACCGACUCGCGUGCGCAAGCCGACGCGAAAAUUGCUCAACUGGAGGGUGCAAUGAACGAAGUACGCGAGAGCCUGGAGUCUCAACUAAAAGAGGCAACAGAAGCGCGCAACAACGCAGAAGAGAAUUCGACCCGCUUACAGAAAGAAUUAACAGAGCUGGAACGCGAUGUUGUAAGGGCCCAGACAGAGCUGACUAUGGUCAAAGCAGAGCUUGAUGGUGCCUACGGAACACGUGCACAACGGGCUGCCGAAGCCGCCGCUGAUCCCGCCCUAUUCCAUGAGCUCGACGAACUGAAGGCUCGAAACUUCGAAAUGGCGGAGGAACUUGCAGCUCUCAAGGCUGGAAAGCCCGGAAGUGGCGAUGUUCAUAACCGCGUUGAGACGCUCGAGAGAGAGCUGCGUGAAACAGUAGACGAUUAUGAGGCUAUGACCAAGGCAAGUAUUGAGUUCGAGAAAGAACGCGAGAGGUUCGAGAGCAUGAUUGAUAGCCUCCGUGAUCGAUGUGAACAGCUGGAGACCCAGCUCAAUGAAGAACGGAUUAGCUGGAUGGGCGCCAAUAACAGUGCUUCGUCCAUGGGUCGCGACGGACCAUACGAAACAACAUCCACAAUGGUGCUAAAGAACGAGUUCAAGAAAAUGAUGCGCGAUACCCGUGCCGAGAACAUGAAGAUACUCAAGGCUGAGCAAGAAGAACGCAGGAAACUCGAGGCCAUAUUACGGAAUCUCAAAAGGGAGCAAGCGAAUCUCAGCGGCAAAUCAAACAUCAGCCGGACUGUAACGGCGUCAUGAUGUCUGCAAUUUCCUUCUGUUUCUUCCUCUCUACUUCUAGCUUUCACGUUUCGUCGAGGUUUCGUUGGCCGCUACCACGCAGCUUGUCAGCACCAGGCUUGUUUUGAACAAAUUGACCAAGCUCGAUGUCUGGCAGGGCCUUGAUUUUAUUGCUGGUCCACGGUGAAUAUCCUACCAUUCUCCGUAUAUAUUCAUAUUUUUUUCUUCUACCUAAUCAUCUCAUCACUCAAGUAUGGGGGGUUUUUUUUUAUCUCGGUUUCUACUUGUCCGAGCCUGCACAUAUCACGCUUGACAAAUAUGUAUCAUAGAUUUCGAUCAGUUACGGCUGAUUAUCGACGUUGAAUCGUACACUUCCUCUAUUUU